CAAUGGCAUUCUCAUUUGUUUAAAAGGGCUAAAGGCAGAGGAAAAUUAGCUUCAACAUGUUGAUUUGAUUAAUUAAAUCAAAUUAUAACCCUGCAAAAUAAUUAAAUAGGCUGAAGACAGACGGAACAUAGUACACCAUUAAAAGGGUAUCAUUAGCAACAAAUACAGAACACGUGUAGGGACAUUUAUUCCUACAUUCCCACGCUGACAUAUCACACACUCACACAUGCCAGUUCCUAUGUCCUUCACUCUCUCCAUCUUACUCACAUAGAAACAAACUCAUCACCUGCAAACAUGACAGAAAAUGUAAGCUCAAGGAUGGACACCCCAACCAACAUUUCCUUGGUGGGACCAGGGGACCCCAUAUCCCAGUCUCUAGAGUACAAGACUGUGGCAGUUUUUCUGGUUCUGCUAGUCUGUGGACUUGGCAUUGUGGGUAAUAUCAUGGUGGUUCUGGUGGUUCUCACCACGAGACACAUGCGUACGCCCACUAACUGCUACCUGGUCAGCCUGGCCAUAGCGGACCUGACCGUGCUGGUGGCCGCUGGUCUGCCCAAUGUGUCAGACAGCCUGACGGGUACCUGGGUGUUUGGGCAUGCUGGCUGCCUUGGCAUCACCUACCUCCAGUACCUUGGCAUCAAUGUGUCCUCCUGCUCUAUCACAGCCUUUACUGUGGAGAGGUACAUUGCUAUCUGCCACCCAAUGAGGGCCCAGACAGUGUGCACGGUGUCCCGGGCCAAGCGGAUCAUAGCAGGGGUGUGGGUGUUCACCUGUGUCUACUGCAUGCUGUGGUUCUUCCUGGUGGAUAUCCAGGUAAUGAAGAGCGGCAGCAUCCAGUGUGGCUACAAGGUGUCCCGUGACCUCUACCUCCCCAUAUACCUCAUUGACUUUGCCAUCUUCUAUGUGAUCCCUCUGCUCCUGGCCAUCGUCCUGUACGGCCUCAUCGCCCGCAUCCUGUACCUCAAUCCACUCCCCAACCGGCCCGAUGCGGGCACGGUCUCCUCUGGUGCCACCACGCUCCGCAGGAGCUGCAAGGAACCAGCAGAUGGAGGGAAAGGGGGUCGUCAGGGCCGCCCGAAGAGCACGCUCUCCUCCAGGAAACAGGUCACUAAGAUGCUCUCAGUGGUGGUGAUCCUGUUCGCUUUACUGUGGAUGCCCUACCGGACCUUGGUCCUUAUUAACUCCUUCAUUGCCACACCCUACCUGGACGCAUGGUUUGUUCUGUUCUGUCGGAUCUGUAUGUAUGCCAACAGCGCCAUCAACCCCGUAGUGUACAACCUGAUGUCUCAGAAGUUCCGUUCAGCGUUCCGCGGGCUCUACAGAUGCCAGAGCCAGGAGGCCCACCACCGCUCCCUCUCCAUGAUCCAGAGCGGCUACAGCAUGGCCAGGGACCCACGCACCCCACAGCAGACCAGCAACGGGACCAAACAGGGGGCCAGGAGAGUGACCUGCACUGACACAGUGACAGAGUGGCAGAGCAAAGACACCUCCCCAGCCAAAGAGAAGAAGGAUCUGGAUCACCUGAAGGAAGAUAGGAAAGACACAAGCUGUGGUGAGAUCAAAUCAACACCUCAACAAACUGAGAUCAUGUCCACGUCUAGGCAAAAUGAGAUCAAAUCUACACUUGGGCUGAAUGAGAUCAAAUCCACACCUGGGCAAAAUGAGAUCAAAUCCACACCUGGGCAGAACGAGAUCAAGUCCAUACCUGGGCAAAAUGAGAUCAAGUCCACACCUGGGCAAAAUGAGAUCCAGUCCACACCUGGGCCAACUGAGAUGACUGAGGCAGGAAUGAAUCACACAGUGCUGUAGAUAAAACAAGCCUGUUUUCACAUGAGGAAGUGAGUAUUAGUCAUUCACCAAUUCAAGCAAAUUUUGGUAACAUAUCAAGCCCUUGACGGGUAUUGCAGGAUGCAUUGGAAUGAAAAAUUCAUCCAUUACCCUUGAAUAAGCACUAUCACCUAUUGUAGAAUGAAACUAUUCUGGCCAAUAAUACUAUAUACAUUUAGGAUUCUGGAUUUUUGGCUGUUGCAUAGUCACAAAAAGCAUCAUCAACACGUGACGGAGUGGUAUGGACCACUUCCAGGGAUCACUGCAGGUCUCCUUUGCUCUUGUUAGUGCAUUUCAUUAGGUACACUUCUGUUGUUAAGCUCAGAGGGAAAGAGGAAUAACAUGCUGUUCAGAGAGAGCGAGAGAGAGAGAGCACUGGCUGCCUUUAAGGGAUGCCACAAAUACAUUUUUAGAAGUGCUUUUAGGUAUGAUGCUGCUUACAGAGAUCUUCUCAUCAUUCAGUUUCAAAGCCCUAAAAGUCAGAUGUGAAAUAGCAAUGAUCUGUCCUCCCUGCAGUCCAGGGACAACACUGUAAAGCACUGCCAUUUGUUCUGCAUAAAAGCCCCGGCUCAGAGCACAGGACAUGUUACUAUAGUUGUAUCUCCACUUUGCCAAGAGAUACAUGUUAAUGUUCUGGGCCACAUGUAAGAAAGUUGGAAGGACUGGCGUAACCGUGGUUUGGAGACCCAUUCAUUUGUGGCUGAAUGGUAUUCAACGAAUGCAAACAGAGUACACAGGUUAAAUGCCCAUAGAUGUUUAAUGUUUGGGUUAAUAUCUGGAUAAACAGCAGUCGUAAAUGAUCCCUUAACAAUGUUUGGGGAAGUGGGAAUAUUAGGAUGCUGGCCUUCAAAGUGGUUCAGCCGACCCAGCCCUGCGAAAAUGAGUUCAAGUUGUUGUAUUAUUGAAAGAGUGGCUCAUCCGCUAUCUACACAUCCACACCUCAUUAUGAGUCAUGGUCCCAGCCCAACCUAGGCUGAGUCUCUUUCAAAUCACACAUCCUGAAUUAAAGUGGAAUGUGUGCAAAUUCUUUAUCCUGUAAUGAGAAUACCACUCUAGUUUCAGUCAUUUCUAGUGGGUAGCCAUCAAGACAUGUAUAGAUGAGUAAGGUCUGCAGCAUUUUAAUAGAUAGUUUCAGUGCCACAGAUUUAGUCAUCAUCCAGUUCAUGUCAUACACGUAUAGGUUCCACGGCUAUUCUACAGUAUGUGAUCUCCAAUCCCAGUGGUCGGCAGACUAUUACAUUUUAUUACACAAAUAUGAACACAUUUCAAAUCUCUAAUAAUAUUUUUUUUGUUGAGAAAUAAGUGCAUCAUAUUGAGACUCUGGUGGAUCCUUUGAUACGAAUAUAAAUGCCUUUUAACACUAUCCAACAAUUUAAUUCCUGAAUGUCUUUCCAAAAGUAUGUUUUGUUCAGUCGUUCAGUCACUGUCACUUGGUCUCUUUUCAAUGCUUUUUUCAAAGUCUUGGUUCUCCCUCUCUGUCUUCCCAGUUUACCUUGUCUUUUAUUCAUGCCAUCUAAAACCUGUGCCUCAAAGAAAAGCACUGAACAUUUCUUCCUACAUCAUUGAGAUGGGUUGAGAAUACAUCUGUCAUUUUGCCAAAAAACUGUUGAAACAUAAUUAAUGUUUUGCUUUGUAUUUGAAAAGCAGAACAUCAUUCUGUUGUUAAGGAUAAUUACAACAUUCUCAAACGUAACUGCCAAAGCAACAAAUGUGGCAUAACAAAACACUCUUUAUCUAGUUGUUUACACAGUGUAUGGAUUUGCUGAUAGGAUUUUGUAGUGCUAUUUGGACGCUGGAAAGCGUGUAUAUUUUUUGGACUGUUUUUUUUUUUUGUCAUUAUUGGGAGCUAGAAAGCUUGCCACUUUGAUAUUGUGUCAUCAGUGCGUUGUAAUCUCAAUCUUAGAAUUGUAUUUGAUAUGCUAAACUGGUGUUUGUAAUGAUAAAUAAGCUAUGUACUGGUGUGUGGUGUACAGUAUAUGCACGCGCAGUAAGUACAGUGUUGUGUUUACAAUUUUGC